UGUCCACUCCUUCAACGCCUAGAACACCAUCUUAAUUAUCUUGAGUGAGACAAGAGAAAAAAAGAAAAGAAAAGAAAAGAGAGAGAGGGAGCGUGAGAACCAAUAGGAAGACAACUGCCAUGAGUUACAAGGUUGAAGAUCACAUGGCACUCACCUCUCAAUUGUACCCUGGUGUAUUCACUCAAAUGGUUCCACAACAAGGUGAAUCUAAACCACGAAGAAGGCGAAAGAAGAACAAAGACGCCGGUCUUAGUGGGGCAAGGAAGAGGAAACUUAAUGAGGAGCAAGUUAAUCUCCUUGAAAUGAAUUUUGGUAAUGAACAUAAGUUGGAAUCUGAGAGGAAAGACAAGCUUGCUUUAGAGUUGGGACUCGAUCCUCGCCAAGUUGCCGUUUGGUUUCAAAACCGGAGGGCAAGGUGGAAGAACAAGAAGCUAGAGGAGGAGUACACAAAGAUGAAGACAUCCCAUGAAAACAUAGUUGUCGAGAAAUGCCAGCUUGAAUCCGAGGUUUUAAAGCUCAAGGAACAACUCUCUGAAGCAGAAAAGGAGAUCCAAAGGCUGUCAGACCGUAUUGAUGGGGUUUCCACUAAUAGUCCUAGUUCAUCCUUGUCAAUGGCUAUGGACCCCCCACUUCUUGGAGAAUUUGCAAUGGAAGGAUAUGAAGAUGCUUUCUACAUGCCACCAGAAAACAAUUACAUUCCUGGCAUGGAAUGGAUUAAUCUGUAUAUGUAACUGGCUAGCUAGCUAACUGAUAUUACUAUAAUUAGGAUAAUGUAGAUAGUGAUUAAGUAACAAUCUAAUGUAAACAUCUUCUUCAUCUAGUGUAUCACGAGGUCUCUUUGUCCAGCUAGCUAGUAAAUGAAAAUGCAUGCCAAUAUUAAUUUAAUGAUUUGCCUUUUGAC